ACGAAGCAGACGAAGAAGAAGAAGAAGAAGAAAGAAAGAAAGAAAGAAAGAAAGAAAGAAAGAAAGAAAGAAAGAAAGAAAGAAAGAACAUUGUAAUUCUGCUGUCAGUGUCCAGUGUCCAAGAUUAAUCUCGUACGACUUUGAUUGGUGCUGAAUAAGUUUAUGAAUUAACGUUCCACAAGCACACUGGAUUUGAGUUUGAUACACACAUGUUCAAAAUAUGACUUGCUCAGAGGAAGCAGAGGCACAAUUUGCAGAGAUAGAGCUGCUAUUAAGUAUGUUUCCGAGUGAAGAAGAGUUACAAGUGGAUGAGCUUUCCCAUGCUGAGCUCAGGGCUUAUGUGGAGGGCUCCGCUCAUACUCCUCCCAGCAUCAGACCCCAAUUCAACAUCAAGCUGAAGGUGGAGAACCCUGCAGUGAGCAUUACAUUGCUGUGCACUUACCCAACUGACUACCCAAAAGUGUUGCCAGAUAUUGCUGUCAGGGUGAAAGUUUUAACGUGGAAGAGAAUUAUGAUUCGUCACAGAGAGGAUGUCCCUUUUGACAACACCUGGACAGAGGAGAGAACUGACUCUCUCCGCAAGUUCACUGGCUUUCAUGAAGCAAGUUUUGACACUCAUGGGACCAGAGGAAAAAGCAUGGACCUUGGACAGCUCUUAUCAGUUCCUUAG